AUGUCGCGAGUCGCCGUUCAAGCUAUGAAGUGCACUCGAAACACCAUGCGCAGCUCGUUUUCCACGCUUCCCGCUCAGUCUCUACGGACUGCUCUUUUCUUCCCUGGCCACGGUGUCCAUCGUGUCGGCAUGAUAACGCCAUGGGUGAAAGCAUUUCCAAAGACGGCUGGGCCCUUCACGGAUGAGAUGGAUAGCACACUGGGGUUUCCCCUGUCUCGUAUCAUAUCGCAGGGGCCUAAUUCAGAAUUAAACAUGACUGCAAACUCACAGCCAUCCAUCAUGGCAACUUCGAUACUGAUUUUGCGAGUGCUAGAAAAGGAGUUUGGCUUCCAGACACAAAAUCGGGUUGAUGUAACUCUCGGGCAUAGCUUGGGGGAAUAUGCUGCCUUGGUUGCCGGUGGAUAUCUUGAAUUCUCAUCUGCUCUCAAAAUGGUCCGAGGACGAGCCGAGGUGAUGGCAGAUUGUACUCGCAGGGUUCAACAAAAGUCUGGGGGCAGCUACGGAAUGGUUGCAGUGAUUUGUGAACCAGAUCGUCUGCAUGAACUGAUUGCAGCCAUACAAGAAUUUCUCGGACCUGGGUUAGCGGGCUCUAAGGAUGACUCCAGUUACGAAACACCGCCCAUAAAACAAGUCCUUAUUGCCAAUAUAAAUUCAAAGAACCAAAUUGUUCUAAGCGGCAGUCUCGAAAGGAUUAGGACGCUUCUCAUCCAGCUUCGCCAAUUUGGUGGCCAUGAUCCACGCGCUGUGAGGCUGAAGAGUGACAGUCCGUUUCAUAGCCCGAUCAUGAUUCCCGCCGCACGAUAUAUGCGUGCACAAUUAGAGACCACCGACAUUACGUUUCCCGCGGCAAUGCCGUGUGUCUCCAAUGUUUCUGCAUUGCCUUUUACAUCCAAAGACAAUCUCAAGGACCUACUCUCAAGGCAGUGCGUUGAAACGGUGAGGUGGUGGGACAGCAUCAAAUAUCUACAUCAAGAGCGAGGUGUCAAGCGAUGGAUAGGACUUGGUCCGGGAAAGGUUGGAAGGAAUCUAGUAGGCAAAGAGGUCGGGCGCAUUUCUGCAAGAGGAGGAGGGGUUUGGGCUAUAUGCGAUCCAAGGGAAGUGGAGGAUAUCGUGCGAUCGCUAGAGGAGUCCGAACUGGAAGACUCCUGA